AACAAAGCCGGAAGUGAUGGAGGGAUAACUGUUUCACUUCGCUGUUUUUUUUUGGCUCGAUUCGGAGCGGUUGGUUUUUCCGGAGGGAAACUUUACAAGGUUUAACGGGAUUCAAGCACGUCUACUUCAUUUCGUUUAAUUAGCAAAGACAGUACAACCACACUGAGAGGAGUUCAAAAACCAUGUCAGGCAUUGCAUUGAGCCGGCUUGCCCAGGAGCGCAAAGCAUGGCGGAAGGACCAUCCUUUUGGAUUUGUAGCUGUACCAACAAAAAAUCCAGAUGGAACUAUGAACCUUAUGAACUGGGAAUGUGCUAUUCCUGGCAAAAAGGGGACUCCGUGGGAAGGAGGUCUGUUCAAACUUCGCAUGUUGUUCAAGGAUGAUUACCCUUCCUCGCCUCCAAAAUGUAAAUUUGAGCCUCCUCUCUUCCAUCCGAACGUGUAUCCAUCAGGCACAGUAUGCCUAUCUAUUCUAGAGGAGGACAAGGACUGGAGACCGGCCAUCACAAUAAAGCAG